GUGAGCGACCGUUCUUGUGCCCCAGUGAUGGCUGUGAGAAGACUUUCAGUACGCAAUAUAGUCUCAAAAGUCACAUGAAGGCUCAUGACAAAGACAAUCCAUUUAUCUUGCUGAAUCAGAGUUCCACAAAUGAGGACACAAACCAGUCACUUUGUCGAAGUGAUUUGAGCUUGAUAUCUACAGAUUCAGAACUCCGAGAAAGUACACAGUUGACUUCAGGACGGGAACUAAGCACUAUUUCAGCAGAAAGCAUAUUUGAAUCCAUGUUUAACAAUAUCGAUAGCUGUACCAACCAUGAUGGCUCUCAGCAGACAGAUGGAAUGAUUGGAAUACCUGGGACAUAUGGCAGCGAUGCGCAGCCUGCAGCCAUUGUUAACACUGCUCUAGGAGAUUCUGGAUCGCUGUUGUCUUUUCCCAUCCCUCUUCAAACCAUGGCACAGUCUAAUGUUGAGAACCAUUCCCAGCAAGCAUCAGGCCUCCUCUCCACUUCAUUAGAUGAUUUGGCUACUAACUCUCCUCAGACGUCAUUUGGGAAUCCCACCAGCAUUUUACAGACAUCACAAGUGCCUGUCCCGGCCAUGACUCAAUUUACAACCAGUCAGCAAGAAUUCAGUCAACCUACUCCAACGCCUCCGCCACCAACUCAAGGACUUCCAGCUAUGUCAAGUGAUGGCCUACCUUCAUCUGGUAACGCGGAAUCAGGGCCAUCCAUGGUACAAAGUGUGCCUUUAGGUACAAACGCUUCUGGUAUAACAAUUACUCCAUCACAGAGCACCACUAUUCUACAGCCCAGCAUUGUAAUGGCAGACCAGAACCUGCAAUGGAUCAUUAAUGGAGCCAGCACUGUUCAGCAAAACACAGAGAAAACACAUCAGGGGCCUAAAGUAGAAAAAGUGUUUUUUACUACAGCCAUACCAGUCGCUGGCAACACAGGAAAUCCAGUGCAGCAAAUAGGUUUGAGUGUUCCUGUCAUAAUAAUCAAGCAAGAGGAGUCUUGCCAGUGCCAGUGUGCCUGCCGUGAUUCAGGGAAAGAAAAAGCCUCUGACAGCAAGGAAAAUCCAUCCUCGGAAGCCAGUUCUUCCCAGAAACCCCAUGAUCAGGAGCAGACGCUGCUGUCGUCUCAGACUUUCCCUUCUAAUGCUGAUGAAAGCUGUCAGGCCACACAACAGUCUUUGCAGACAGACCCUCUAACAGACUUUAACAAUAUGGAUAUGUCUGCAUUUCUUUCUCUUGAGAGUCCUGGGACCCCUUCAAAUCUGUGUGGUAUAGAGGCAAAUGACGUUUAGGCACUGCUGCAAAAGGUGAAAGAAGAGAGAAACUUGAACAGCUUCUCCAAGUAAAGUUGCUCACUCGUGGCUGUUUCUCUGGAUUAAUUUUCAAAGAAAUUUCCAUCUUUUACUUAUGCAGGGUUUUAAAAAGAAGCCCCUGUUACACAAGUGCCGUUUACACUGAGCAUUUUGAUGCUAAAUGAAUCCAGAAAUGCUUUGUGUAAACUGAGAAAGAGAAUGCUUUGAAUCCGCAUUCAGUUCAGAGUUGAAGCUUGCAACACUUGGAAGGUUUAGUUGGACCUGGAUUGUGUCUGAUUCCUCCGCAAGCAAGAAGGGGUGCUGGGAUCAGGGUUUGUUGCACAAAACAAAUGGCAAGCAUCUGUCUUGGGCGCAAGGGCAUCCUAUCACUGUUCAGUGAAUUGAACAGUAAACUGGAUUGAGGAUUCUUCUGAGUUAGCUGCACUGUCACUGGGCAAAUUGCAGGCCAGUUGGGUUUGGAUCAUUUCACUGGUUUAAAAUCUGGGAGCUACUAUUCUUGGCCUGCAGAAAAUGCUGGUCAAUGUUCUGAUGGGGGAGUAAAAUGAAAAAAAAUUAUGGUGGAGCAUCCCGAUUUGUCAUCAGAGGAUCUUUGUCGCCUUUAUGUAGCUCACUUAGAGCCCCUGCUGACCAAAUGCAGAACUGCAGUACUAAUGCAUUUAAUAAGAUCUGCAUUAAGCCUUGGAUCUGAAUAUUUUUACAUGAUCAGGUAAUAGCAAGUCUGCAACUUACUUCUAACCCUUAACUGAAGUAAUCCUACUUCAGAUGAUAUAAAUUUAAGGAAAGAUUCUGGUCACUUUAGUUGUUAUGUUUAUUUCCUGAAUAAUUAUUGGUGAAAAUCUCGGAAUACUGUUUAGGAUGGGGUCAUGUCACUGAUCUGUUUUACAAAGUACUGAGAGACUUGCUGCAAUGCUGUCUCUAAGAGCUGGAUUUGGAUCCUGUCCAGGGCAUGGAAUGAGCUGCUAAUAAUGUCGAAAUGACUCCAUCUAAUUCCUGAAGAACAUAUGACAAAAUGAAACUUCAUUUGAUUGAGCACUGAUCGGCCCAAUUUGGUAAAUCUCUCUCAGAAAAGGCUUUGGGGUUGCUGGUUUUGGAAAUGGUAAAGUUGUGCUGGUAUAGUAAGCCGCUAUGAGCUUAAUUGAGAUAUGUUUAGGGUUCUCUUAUUUGAGCUUUCAACUGUAUUUAUUUAACAGUGAUGCAAAAGGGGAAGAAAAUGUUUUCUCACUACAUUUUAUUCAUUCUCCAGGCAUGCAGUUUCUUAAUUUAGAAACCAGAGUGGGCUGUUUGUAGUAGCAAAACCAUUCCACUGAAAAGAAAAAAAUCUAAAACUUCUUGUUCCAAAACUAGAACAAAUCCGAGUCACUGGACCAAACUUCUGGAUGGCCCAGUGUGUCUCCAUGUUUCCCAAUGUUUCCAGCACUUAAUUGAGAAUUUAUCAAAUGAAUGAUUUAAUAUAUUGGGUGAUUUAGCAUUCUUUGCACAUUUACUGCUGUGGUACAUAAAUGCAAUGUGGCUCAGAGAUGCAUGCAUAUUAAAUAAUCAACUGCUUCCAAAUUAACACUAGUCAACUGUGUAAAGUUGCUAGUUAUGCAGAAUCCACUUGUAAACUACAGAUGAAUGUACAAUGGAACCUUUUGGAUUACAAAAUGUGGGAGUUGAAUAUAUAGGAAUAUUGUGAGAAUUAUUUGAGCGUUACGAGCCAUGACUUUAUUGGCCACUUGUAAAUGUUUACUAAAACCCACAGAUCUAGAUUUUAAUAGUUCAUUACAAUGUGUAUUUAUUUAUUAAUACUGAGGGCAUAUUUAUCACAAUCUGUUUUAGCAUCUUUCUGCUUCUGCUUUUCUCUGCAAAGCUUUGUCAAAUUGCAUUCAGAGGUUUGAAAUUUCUGGAUAAAACUGAAGAUAAUGUAUCUUCAGUGGCAUGAAUAAUGCUGCUGUGGCCCCAAUGUUUAACAAGUAAUUCUACAAACUGGUUUUGUUUGGCACAACUUCAAGUUUCCUCACUUGUAUUUAUUAAGCAUUUAAUUAAAACAGUAGAGGCGUGUACAAAAUAAGUUCAGAUUUCAAAACACUUUAACCUAACCUACUGAAGUAUGGUGUGAAUUAACUCUGGGUAAUUAGUUAAUGCAUUUUUUUUCAAACUCCAGUGCUAUAUUUGAUUCAGCUCAAAUCAGUGAGACUGAAAAUCCAAUACUUGUGCAAACUGUAAGGGUCCUUGUUGAAAUAAGUGUGGGCAGUAUUGAGAGGUGUAAGCCACAAAACACUGCUCUCUUUAAUAAACAGUAAGUGCAGCAGGUCUGGCAGUAUCUGUGGAGAGAGAUAUAGAGUUAAUGUUUUGAAUUCAAUAUGGCCCUUAGAAACUGAGCAUUUUCUAAUGUUCUACGAUUCUCAUUCAGCAAGACCAUAAUUACUGAAGCUGGAAGUGUAGACAUCAUUGCUCAAUUGGGGUGCUUUCUACAUGUCUGUCAUAAAGCAACUAUGGGUUGAAGGUGGAUUCUCUCUGCAUGUACCCACGCUGUAAUAGAACAAAGAGCCGUGGAUGCUGGAGAUCUGAAACAAAAACAGAAUUGCAGAGGGUUUCAAGGAAGAAUCACUAAACUCGGUGUUAACUCUGCUUUCUAUCCACAGAUGCUACCGGACCUGAGUUUUGCCAGCAAUUUCUGCUUUUUAUUGUUCAUGCUGUACAUCACCACCUGAGAAUAGUCAGUGCCGGCAAAGUAAUGCAAUAGAUUGUUUCAGUUUAUUACUAAUAUCUGUCCAUAAAUGGGUGAGAUUGAAAUUGUGAUUUGAGAAGAGGGAGAAAAGUUGUUUUUGGUGCAUUUUCUUUCAGGAAUGGGAAAGUAGAAAAGUAAUGCAGCAUCCAUCAAUUGGCAGUUAAAAGGAAGGUGUGAAUGUUGGAAGUCUGAUUUGAAAACGAGGUAAAUCAGUUCUGUGAUGUCAGUAUUGGUAAUAGAGGUAUUAUCAUAGCAUUACUCAGGUUUUCACUUCAUGAAGGAGAUAGUAGGACUAGAGAUUGGAUUAAAUAUUCAGAACUAGUGUCAAGUGCUUGUUUAGUUUCAUGGUACAGGUAGUAUCAUGGAGCUACUGUUUGUCACCUCUUAAAUCUAUUUAGUUGUUUAAAGAAAUUUGUCUACUGCUAACUCCAAGCUGUGUUUGUGCUGGAAAAAGAUGGAUUUAUCCAGUAUUUUGAAUUAAGCAAUGUUCAUAAGACUGAAGUGAAAAUUCAGAAUUGAGUGGAUUGUAAUUUGGAGAAAUUUUAAACCAGUUGGUUAAAGUUAUUUCUUUCAUGGUAAAUUUAUGUGCAAUAGGAACAGUUUUCUUUCCAAUUUUACUGACAAUUAAUUUUUGUAAUAAAUCUCUUGUUUCAUAGAUGCAAUAUAAAAAUAUAUUUGGAAUAUUUGCUUAAGAUUGUAAUAAACAUUGGAAAAUCUGAAAUUUUAUUUAAGUUUCCUAUUUAGUUUCUUACUCAACUGUAGUUAAAUUUGUCUCAAAAUGUUGCUGUAAUUUAUUAAGCUUCAGAUCCAAUCUUGGCACUUCUGCUAAAAUAUCCUCCUUGAAUUGAAAUCUGAAUUAAGUUUAAUUGAAAUUCCAUUCUUCAUGAAACGCAGCAGUAACUGUCCGAGAAGAUGUUUUCAUUUGUUGCUUAAUGGCUUGAAUCUAAAUUUCAUUUGCAAUUAACAACAAAUUUGAGGCAAAAUAUGGAAAUAUUCCAAGAAUCUGACUAUUCCAAGCAAAAUCAGGACACGUUACUGAGGUGUUAAAUUCCUUAUAGGUUUAGAAGAGACCCACAACUAAAUGAAUGGACUAGAUGUAAAGAGCUCAAUGCAUCUUAGGCAUUUGUUUAUAUGUAAAUUCUGAGCUGUGAUUCACCUGCGACCAUAGUAUCCUGCCGUCUGAAUCGAAACUUGCAUCAGCACAGAGAUAAUGACUGAUACAAAACUGGCACUGAAAGGUUAGUUUACCCUGGAGAAUUUACAAACUUAAUCUAAUUAUGCAAUUCAGAUGAUGGUAGCAAAACUCGGGAUCCGAGUUUUGGUUCCUUUGAAAUCCCUUACUUGUAGUAAUCAGCAUCAGUUAUUACAUGCUCAUAAUAAAAGUGCAAAAACAUAUUUAAUACACCACUAAUAGAUAAUGCGGAUGACACAGUUUCACACUUUUUUUUUUUGGUUUUGCAACUCAACCCUCUGAGUUGGGAAUUGGCUGAUUUAUGGCAUAUUUUCAAUGUUGGUAAGAAAAAGACUUGAGGCAUGUAUUGGAUAAGUUAGGAGUAAAGGGUGUGCAUGUGUAACAAAUUUAGCUACAUCCCUAAUUUCAUUUUUUGAAAUGAUACUUCAGUGUUGUAUGACAGACCUGGCUAUGUUGCAUACUCCAAGUGACAAACUGAAUUAGAGUUUGUAGGUGCUUUCUAUAAUCUGUCUAUGCUAAAUGCAUUGUUAGUGGCUGCUCUGAUCACCUUCAUGAAACCUUCUUUUCAUGUGACUCCUGCCUCCUCUGCUAAACUUCUAUUCAGUUUUGGAUUUUAAAAAUAGUCAAAAUUUAAAAUGGAAAUCCAAAUCCAUUAUGAAUGAACUCAGUUCUCUGGAUUUCUGACUUUAAAUUUUUGCAAGCGUUUAGAUUUGGCUGAUGCCUUUUUGUAUUAUUUCAUCUCCGGUACUGCCUGACCAGAUAGCAGUGCAAUGCUUUGGAAAUAAGGACUUUUGAUCUGGUUAGUUUAAUAUUUAGAAUCUUAUGGUUAGGACACCACCUAACUACUUGAUUGUUCUAAAUCUGAAAGAACAGCUACCCACAUCUUACCUAGUAUAGGAAUAAUUGCACAGCAAAGAGUUGUCAUUCAGUCCUUACAGACCACAUGCUUACAGACUUAGGAAUUCAGUUCUGGAUUUGCUAACCCUAUGUACUUCUAAGAUAACAAAAAUGAUUAUCUUGUCCUUUUGUUACAGGGCAACCAGUAAGAAUUUCUAAAUUUGCUAGCAAUCUGGCUUUUUGUUGUGAUCCUCAUUCUGAAUCAAUUAAACUUGCAUGAGCAAAUAGUGAUGUAGUAAUAGCCUCUUGCUGGUUGUUGAUUUUUCACUGCAGUAUGUUGGAGCAGAUCCAUGUCUUUAUAAACACUGUACUUCUGGAGGUAAUAGAGGAGAACGUUUGCACUUGCAGUUCCAUUUAUUUUGUCUGACUAGUGACUUUGAGGUCAGCACAUUUUUAAUGUAUAAUUUAUAGUGUGCUAUGUGGUAUAGGGGGCUGAGUGUUUUUUAUGAUGUCCUUGAAUUUCCCUACAUCAAAAUUCCUAAAGCAACAGUCCUUUAUCAUGGGUUAGUUCCACCUACAGCUAUAUGCAUGCCUUAAAUUCCUUUUUAUAUCUUAAGACCAUAUGAUUCCAAAGGUCAGUGGUCUUCCAGUAAUUCUCCAAAACUGACCAUUUCUGUACUCCUCUUCAGUGUGGCAAAUCUCUACACUGAGCUCUGCCAGUGCGGCUGUAAAUGGUGCACCUGGGCUUUGUUCUAGAGUAACUUCGGUCAACUAUCCUCUUCACUGUUAUUCCAAUGACACAAUGCCUGAUGUCUUUCAAAUUCCUUUAAGAAGCAAAGCAGCUUAACUUGACUUUUCUUCUGUGUUGAAAUCAGACUAAUAUCCCAUGUAGGACCACAGAAUUCCUGUGUUGAACCAAGGUUGUUGAAUGGUACGUGGGCAGAGAUGGUGAACUUUUUAUUUUCCAUAUGUUGUCAUCCAGAGUUUGAUAGUUAUCCAGUUUAUUUUGACACAAUUAGGGCAGAAACCAUAUUUUAAAUUGGCUUGGUUUUUGGUCAGUCCUUUACCUGUGGUUCAGAUGGGUAGAAGUAUAAAUGAUAGAACUUGCAUGAGUUUAAGUAUCUGAUUUGUGUGUAUGGGACAGUCUGGUCUCAAAUGAAUAUACUUCACACUCCUUGACUUGAAAGGUGAGGUGUGCCUGGAGUGGCUUCCCUUUUAAAUGAAUGGAAUAUGCAAGAUUUGGAUAAUCAGAAAUUCACAUAAUAUAGGAAUAUUCAGGGUUUACCGCAGUGUAAUGCAUUGUAUGCUGCACAGGUAAUGAGCUUUUGAAUUCAGGUCACCAGAGUCUCCAGCAUGUUUUUAUAAAGCAAGACUUAAUGGGUGGAGGGUUUGUAUAUAGGGGAAUAAAGAAACUGGUAUUCUAAAUUUUAUUGAAAACCUUUACAAAAGAUUGACAAUCUUUCUCUAAGCUUUGUCACUUUUGGUAAUCUAAUAGGUCAAAAUAUUUGGUUGUGUGCUAAGUUGAUCUAAUUUGGCUUUUAAGGACUCUUGCACCUACAAGUUAUUUAAAGUUAACUUCAAUGUAACAGGACUAAAAUGGAACACUGUGCUCAUGAAGUUUGAAUAAUUUAUAGUUGAACUGUUCGAGGGCACUUUGAAUCUAAACACUCUCCAGCAGUGGCUUUUAUACUAGUUGAAUACCUUAACCCCCAAACCAGUUGUUAAUCUGUGGGAAUAUUUGUACACAUUUCAUUGAAAACUGAACAUCAACAGUACAGAACACUUUUUUUUUUGCCUGUUAUUUGCCAGUCCAGAAAUAAGUGCAUUAUUAUCUAUUUACUAAUUGCCAAUGGUUCGUUGCCUGUUUGCUUGGGAUAGCAAAAUGAUUCAGUCUAAUUGAUAUUUAUCAUUUAUUUCACAUGCCAUAUGCAGGCAUGAGAAAGUAAAUCAGUUCCUUGGGUUUGAUUAAAACAAAUUUGCAGCAGUAGGUCUUGUUGGAAGCUGUUUCCAAUAUUAAAUGUGUGCGUCUCACUAACUUAAAUGUGGUUGACAAUUUUAAUGUCGGAGUAAACUCCUGAUGUGACUUCUGAUUUAAAGCUCAAAUCACAUGGGUUUAAAGUGCUUCAAUCUCUUUUUGAGAAAGAGGAGGUUCUACCUGUGUAAAUGUGUGCUACCUGUAACCUAAAGUGAUUUUCAAAUUGACUAUCUUGUUCCACCUCUGGCUGAAGAAAGGUGAUUUGGAGAAAGAGACAAAAGGUCAGUUUAACACUCAUUUUACAUUUGGUAAUGAACUAUAAUUGUCUUUAUACUUAAGUGCAGGCGCAGUGUUUCUUUUUGUUUCAAACUAAAAGGAAACUCAGUCCCAAGAUAAAUGGUAGCCUUGCUUGAGGUGUUUUGGUUUCAACUUAAAAAUAAGAAUUGAAUAAGCAGUUGCAUGCUUAGGUAUGUAUAUUGCCUGUUCUCUGUUAAUGCAGCAAAAAUAACAUAGUAUUCCUUGAUUUGGAUCCAAAUCAAUUCUGACAUUGAAAUGGGAGUCUAUUUCAGUCACUUGAAAUAUUGUGGCUUCAAAAAAUGCUUAAUGAUCCUUUUCCCCCCCCCCCAUUAAACUCCAAAGUUUAAAAAAUUUAACAAAAUAGCUGUUGACUUAAAGUUAUGAACUUUGGUGAUCACAAAUGGAAAGACAACCAGUGGACAAAGUCAUUGAGAAAUUGCAGCCUCUGUAAGGCCAAAGUCAGUAGAUCUCCUGUUCUGACCAUUGCAGCUGUCAUAGUUGUCUCUGAAUAUCUGAAGAUAAGUGCACUAUAUGUGAAGUGAUAAUUCUGCGAAUUUAAAUUGGUUCUUUCUCUUGCAGCCUCAUAGAUUGUUGACUGAUAGUACUUCACAUCCAUAUCUUAAUUUUUUUUCAAGAUUAUGACUGGUUUUAUAUUUUCAUGCACCUUAGUGGAACAUGUUCUUCUUCUUGUAACCUGCACUGAAAUUGUGAUUAUUGUUGAAUUUGCUAUGUGCAGAAAACUUUCCUGACCUCUAAUGUAGUUCGGGCCACUGUUAUAUCAUUUACAGUCUGUAUCACUGAUUUUUUUUUUCUGCUUUUCAAAAAGUUUGAAUCUUCCCAAUUCAGCCAAUAUAAAUUCACUGAUCAAAAAUGGCAUGUUGAGUUCACUCAUCCUGAUUUACGAAACAACAUAUUGAAAUGGACACCUUGUGCAAUGGCAGCAUGCUUGUUGAGUUUGUAAUUAAGCUGCACAAGGCUUUUCUACAUUCCGGCAGAGCAGGGAUAGGCAACAAUUGUGAAGAUUUGUGUAAAAUCUGAUUGAGAACACAACGCCUUCACUCCUCCACUUUCUCUAGAGAAUUCUUUGCCAAAAUCUUUGUUAAAACUAUGUGAUUAGUAUGGAAUUAUGCUAGAAAAUCUUCCCAUCCAUCUCUUUGCUGAUUGCAGUAAUGUCCUUCCCUCCCAAAGGAGAAACUUUGGCCUUCUAUUUUUGAAAUCUUAAAUAUAUAUAUAUAUGGUAUUAAGGGCUCAUUGUUUUGAUGCACAGUGAAACAUAUGAUUCCAUAUUGUUCAAUUGGGUAAAGGAGAGAGAAUUAAUGAAAGCUUUAUCAGAGGUUUUAACCAUGCCAUUUUCAUUGAAUCUCUACAUUUGGAGAACUGUUAGGGUACAAGUCUUUCUUUUGUUUAUCCCUUUAUAAUAAAGCACUUUAGGUUAAUUAAUCUGCAAUUGUGUUCUGUUGCACUCUUUACUGAGAGGAGUAUUUUGUUUCUGUUGCAAAAAUGUUGUAAAUAUAUUUUGCUUUAAUUGUAAUUGUUACUUUUGAAAACUUUGUGGGUGUAUGAAGAGUAGAGACUAUGUCCAUGUCAGAGCUUAAAUACCAGCGUAGGUGAGCACAAGUACUUCGGGGAGCUCUGAUUAUCUCCUUGGAAAGUGCUAGUUCUUUUCAUAUGGCUGGCCCUUUUAGUCAUUUUGUACACUUUGUUAGUGGCACUUUGCUUUUUAUUAGGCUCUAUGCAAACUAGGGAGUCAGACCACUUGUAUAACCAUUUAACUGGAUAUGUGAUGCAGAAGCAAUUUCUUGUUUAGAAGUACAUAUAUUAUAAAUUUAUGCAUAGUGAGCUCAUUUGAAGUCCAUUUUUAAAUCAAUUGCACAUGCCAACUGGUGAUUCCAAUCAAAAUUCUCUCUCAACCUGCGCUGGCAAACUAGCGGUAAAUUGAGCUGAAACUUCUAUGUACUGGUCUUCAGGUAGGUUUAUUACUGAACAGAUUUAUAGUUUGGAGAACAACUCUUCCAAGCCCCUAGUACAGUAGAAGGCUGUGCAUACACAUGUGGAUAUGCCCACUGUUUCCCUUGCUGACUAAUGAGAAUGCUCCACAUUUACUUGGAUUUAUUUUUAUUGGCUCUGACGUAAUGUGGAAAGCUAUGGCUGUGAUGUAUGUAGCAUCGGGAUACUAUUUUGUGCCACAUCACCUGGAUUCAUUGAAUCUUGAAGUGGACUUAGGAACUGUUUGAAUUGGUUUCAUGGGUGAGUACUAACAUCAGUGACAAUUCUUGAAAAUUGAACCAGUGUAAAGACAUGUAAUAUAGCUUUUAUUCUUGGUAAUAUCAUUUUGUCUUGUCCCUUUGUCUUGGUGAGGGACAACUGACUUUGUGAUUUUUCCCUUCCUGGUCUCUGCUUAAAACAGCAGUGCAGCUACCUCGACAUGGGAAGUGGCUUCCCUCAUUGCGGUAAGAUUGCUUUUAUUGUAUUAUUCUUCAUACUUCUGUACUUGCCCAAACUUUUGUUUGUUUUUUCAAGUGGGAUAAGCUGCUUUGAUGCAGUGGGUGAGUCCACCAAUACCAUUGGAGCUAAAUUGAUUGUAGGUGCCCACAUGUAUUUAGACUUUAAUUCUAUUCUAGUGCUGGACAGUUUAACCAUCUUUUGAAGCAAGAGUAAAUGUUUACUAGGAAUAGACAAUAAUCACUGGUCUUGCUAGCAAUGUAUUAUCCUAAAGAAUUGAUUUUCUUUAUUUUAAAAAAAAAAAAAUUAAGUACUUAACCUUGAUCUGUCAUAAGUGGUUGAUCCUUAAAGUACAAUGAUCUAUUAUGGUGACAGUAAAAUAAGCCCUUUGCUACAUACCUUGUAACAUCUAUGCUGCACACUAUAUGUGACUUGUUUGUCUAGUCAUUUGUUGAGUCAGCACAAUGCAUGUUUGGAUUAGUGCAUCUUGACUAUAUACAACUUCAAAGCUGAACACAGUUAACUGUAGUGUGGGAAGGAAAAAUAAUUCUCUACUGACUUUUCUGUAAUGUUCAACAGGCCUUACAUAAUGAAGCCAAGGUUGGGAUAGGGAUACUGGAGAUCAAACACUGCAGCAUGCACUGUAUCAAUGGAUCUAUUUAAAUGCAUACCUAUACAGAAUUGUCUUCAUUCCUGAAUGCUAAUAUGAAAGAGAAAAAUUACAGUUGCUUCCAAAGGAAGAGAAUGUCUCCAAAACCCAAAGAGUGAGGAAUAACAAUGGAUUUGUAUUUUUGAAGAAUGUAAAUGUGGGAAAAAAAUGCUGUUUGCUGAAUUGCUUGUUUUUGUAUAAAAUUAAUAUUGUACUUUGGUUUGAAAUAUCUGCUAAUGUGGAAAAUUAACCUUUUUGAAAACUGAGCAAUAUGAUGCAUAAGAGCCUAAUUAAUAAAUAUUGACUUAUUAUGAACUGGA